GUAACGAGUCUGACAGACCCGCAUGCAUGAUGUUGUGGUGUUGAUGCUGGAUUUAAAAGGAUUUUAUAACAACAAACUGAUUCUUCGCGUUUGUCCUGAAGUAAAAUGAGGAACUUGAAGCUGCUGAAGAGCCUACGGAGCUCAGAGCUUCAGGGUCCGGGAUCCCCGCAGUGUUUCUGUGUGCGGGCUGACACUGGAUCGCUGCUGGUCGCUUCUUCCUACUCCAUCACAGAAUAUGACCCACGAACUGGCCAGGUGGUCACCGAGGCAUCAUUGACAGCUGAGGGGUUCCUCCCAGAGGAUGGCAGUGGAGAGGUGGUGGGAUUGCAGGACUUGGCUGAACUGGAGUCAGCAUGUUUGGCUACAGCUGGUGGUGAUGUCAUGUCAUUCAAUCUCAAUACGUUUGAGUUGGAGUGCCGGGGUAGUGUGGAUAGUGGUCUGACCUCCAUGUGUUGGAGUCCGGAUGAAGAGCUUGUCAUUCUCACUACUGGUCAGGAGACGAUCAUUAUGAUGACCAAAGACUUUGAGCCCAUCACUGAGGUUGGAAUCCACCAGGAUGACUUUGGUGAAGGGAAAUUCAUCACGGUUGGUUGGGGAAAGAAGGAGACUCAGUUUCACGGCUCAGAGGGGAAACAGGCAGCACAGAGGAAGAUCCAGGAGGUGCAGGCAGCUGCAGCCUGGGAUGACCGCAGGCCGCGGGUAACAUGGCGAGGGGAUGGACAGCUGUUUGCAGUCAGUGCCAUUUGUCCUCAAACUGGAGCCAGGAAGGUCCGGGUCUGGAACAGAGAGGGAGUCCUUCAAGCCACCAGUGAACCCAUCAACGGCCUGGAGCAGGCACUUUGCUGGAAACCAUCAGGAAGCCUGAUAGCAAGCACCCGGCGGCAUCCCAACAAACACAGCGUGGUUUUUAUGGAGAAGAAUGGACUGCUGCAUGGAGACUUCACUCUCCCUUUCAGCAAGGACCAGGCCAAGGUAAAGGAUCUGCUGUGGAAUAGUGACUCCACUGUUCUAGCUGUUUGGUUGGAGGACAUGAAUGCUGGAGAGAACAAACAAGUCAACACUUACAUCCAGCUGUGGUCGGUGGGUAACUACCACUGGUAUCUGAAGCAGAGUCUGGACUUUGGCAGAGACUCUCAGAAAGCUCCGGUCUGUGUCUGCUGGGAUCCAGAGCAUCCCCUAAGGCUACACAUGAUGACCCGCAGCUGGACCAGCAUCACCUACGACUGGGGCUGGACGACCGAGAGGAGCCCUGGGCUGGACGCCACAGACAACGCCAACGUGGCUGUGAUUGAUGGAGAUAAAAUCCUGGUGACGACCUUCAGGCAGUGUGUGGUUCCUCCACCCAUGUGUUCAUUUGAGCUCCAGUUCCCCUCACCUGUAAACCAGGUGACUUUCCUCUGCCAGCUGGAGAAGACCAAUCAGCUGGCAGCAUUGACUUCUGAUGGACUGAUCUCAGUCUACAAACAAGAUUCAGGAGAACAGAAAGACAAAACAACAAAUGGGUUCAGGGUGGUGUCUCGUCCCCUGGUCCUCCAGAAAACCUUCAGAGUAAAUUUCCACCAGGAGGAGCCUUUACCUCUGCGGCAGCUGCUGUGGUUGCAGGAAGAUCUGUUUGUAGGUGUGAGCCCUGGUCUGCUCCCGACCUCCUCCACCCUGCUGAUGCUCCAUCCUGCUCCUGAUGCUGAGGGCAUGCUCACUGUCAGGUCUGAUGUUGAAGUGGAUGGCGUUGUCAUCAGUGUGGUUCACUGCUCUCAGACUGGCACUGUGGUGCUGCAGCUGGAGGAUGGACAGAUCAGGAGGCUGCUGUGGGAUUGUCCUGAGCCCUCAGUGGAAGAUUGGCGUGACUCCAGUGGAUGCAGCAUCAACUUUCCUGUUCCCUGUGUUCAAACAGCGCUCUGCAGCAUCAGUGGAGAGGAAUAUCUACUGGGCUUGACAGACAGAUCUCACCUGUAUGCAGGAGACACAGAGCUUGCCUCCAAUAUUUCCUCCUUUGCUAUUUGCAAUGACUUCCUCCUCAUCACCACACAUUCCCACACGUGCCGCUGCCUCCAACUGAGCACGCUCAGUGUCAAAGGGCUGCAGGCGUCUUUGGCCUCAGAUGGAGUUCAGAACGAUGAGACUCUGCGGCGGGUGGAGAGGGGGUCCAGGAUCGUCACUGUGGUCCCACAUGACACCAGAGUGGUUCUUCAGAUGCCUCGUGGAAAUCUUGAGACGGUGCAUCAUCGAGCACUGUUGUUGGCUCAGCUCAGACAAUGGUUGGACAGUUUGCGAUUCAGAGAAGCGUUUGAGUCAAUGCGGAAGCUGAGGAUCAACCUGAACUUCAUUUAUGAUCACAACCCAAAGGUUUUUCUUGAGAACAUCAAGACUUUUAUCACACAGCUCAGCUCCAUCAACUACAUCAACCUCUUUCUCACUGAGCUCAAGGAGGAGGACACAACCAGCAGCAUGUAUCCCCGUCCUGAGGGCAGUCCAGUCCAGACUGCUCCUGUUCCUGGGCAGAAGAAGGUGGAUGUAGUUUGCGACGCUUUACGGAGCGCCAUGGAGUCAAUGGAUCAAAACAAGUUCUUUCUGUCCAUAUUGACAGCUCAUGUUAAGAAAACAGUUCCUGAGCUGGAGAUCGCUCUGCAGAAAGUCCACGAGCUUCGAGUGAACCCUCCUGAAGGUCCUGGGGCUGUGAACGCUGAGGAGGCGCUGAAGUAUCUCCUCUUCCUUGUCAAUGUCAACGACUUGUAUGAACACUCUCUGGGGACUUAUGACUUCGAUCUGGUGCUCAUGGUGGCUGAGAAAUCCCAGAAGGAUCCGAAAGAGUAUCUUCCAUUCUUAAACAUGCUGAAGAGUCUGGCGCCAAACUAUCAACGCUUCACCAUCGACAAACACCUGAAACGCUACAGGAAGGCCCUGCACCACCUCAGCAAGUGUGGUGAGGAACAUUUCCAUGAAGCUCUGCAGCUUGUGAAGGAGCAGAAACUCUACAGUGAAGCUCUGCGACUGUACACAGCAGACAGCACUCACUACAAGGCUCUGAGCUGUGCUUACGCGCAGCACUUGGUGGAGCAGCAGCAGGCGGAGCAGGCCGGCUUGUUGCUAUGGAGAUGUAGAGAGUUACCCAGUGCACUGCAGGCGUUCACCGCCAGCUCCAGCUGGAGAAACGCCAUCUGUGUGGCUCAACAGAUCCCGCUUCCUCCGGACCAGUUGGCUCUGCUGGCCCGAGACCUGGCAGAGAAACUGACUGAACAGAGACGAUACUCAGAGGCUGCUCUGCUGUUGGAUCAGUACGCCAAGGACUGUGAGGAGGCCAUUUUGGCUCUGAUCAUGGGGGCAGUCUGGGAGGAGGCGCUACGAUUGAUUUAUAUACACAACAGACAGGACAUCACUGAGACCAAUCUGAAACCUGCUCUGCUGGAAGCUGUCGGCACACAGACCACUUUUCUGGAGUCUCAGGUAGCGAUGUUCACACGGCAUAGAACCAGGCUGGUCGUGGUCCGAGAGCAGAAAGAAAAGGCCAGAAUGGACAUGCUGGAUGAUGACGGUCCAGACUGUCCUGAUGCAGACCUAUACUCUGAAGCCAGCAGCGUGCUGACGGGCUCCAAAUACUCCCAGAGUAACUCGCGGAUUUCCUCGAGAUCUUCAAAGAACCGCCGUAAAGCAGAGCGGAAGAAAAUGAGUCUGAAGGAAGGAAGCCCGAUGGAGGACCGAGCGCUGAUGUGUGCUCUGAGUGACAUCGUCACCACUGUGGACAAGAUGAGAGAGGAAGUUCACAGCUUGCUGAAGGCUCUGGUGUUGUUCCAGUUUGACAAACAAGCAGAGAAGCUGCAGGCAGCCUACGAAGAGGCUCUGCAGAUGAUGGAGGCGGCGGUCCCUGAGGUGUGGCCUGAAGGCCUGCAAAACAGUCAAGCUCCGCUCACUGGACCAAACUCGACUGCAAACAGCAUCAUGGCUUCUUUCCAGCAGCAGCAGCAGAGACCCGCAGCUCCACAGCAAGCUGCUGAAGUCCUGACGCCGCCUAAAAUGAGAAAUGGAGUCAAGUGGAAACUCACUGUUCUAACAUGAGUUAGUUUUGUAUUCAUUGUCUUAUCUGUAUAGUCAAAUGGUUAUUAUUUCAUGAAUAAAGAUUCAGGUUAUGU